AUGACUUCCCGAAUGGAUUUUACAGACCGCGCUCAAAAGGCUGUCGAAGACGCUAUGAGCCUGGCCGAGCAGUAUGGACAUUCACAGCUUCUCCCAGUCCAUCUUGCCGUCUCAUUACUGGAACCACCAGUCGACCUCUCAAAGGACCAACAAAAUGCACCCCAAAACAGCAUAAUCACCCUUUUUCGACAAGUCAUCGAGAAGGCUCACGGUGACCCUCAACUAUUCGAUCGGGCCCUGAAGAAGACUCUCGUUCGACUUCCGAGUCAAGAUCCCCCGCCAGAGCAGGUUUCCUUGGCUCCCUCCUUCCACGCCGUCUUAAGGAAAGCCAUGGAGUUGCAAAAGGUCCAAAAAGACUCAUAUAUUGGUGUUGACCAUCUCAUUACUGCCCUGGCCGACGACCCCUCAAUGCAGGCACCAUUGAAAGAGGCCAGCAUUCCCAAGCCCAAGCUGGUUCAAGAUGCUGUCCAAGCCAUUCGAGGCACCAAGCGAGUGGACAGCAAGACCGCUGACACUGAACAAGAAAACGAGAACUUGGCCAAAUUCACCAUCGACAUGACUGCCAUGGCCAGAGACAAGAAAAUCGAUCCCGUCAUUGGGCGUGAAGAGGAGAUUCGACGAGUGGUUCGAAUCUUAUCUCGACGCACAAAGAACAACCCUGUUCUCAUCGGAGAGCCUGGUGUUGGUAAGACUACUGUUGUCGAGGGGCUUGCCCAGCGAAUAGUCAACCGAGAUGUGCCUGACAACCUGAAGCACUGUAAACUAUUGUCUCUAGAUGUCGGCGCGCUUGUUGCGGGUAGCAAGUUCCGUGGCGAAUUCGAGGAGCGAAUGAAGGGAGUCUUGAAAGAAAUUGAGGACUCUAAAGAGAUGAUUGUACUCUUUGUCGACGAAAUCCACCUGCUCAUGGGUGCCGGUUCUUCUGGCGAAGGAGGCAUGGAUGCUGCCAACUUGCUCAAGCCCAUGCUUGCCAGAGGACAGCUUCACUGUAUUGGUGCCACCACUUUGGCCGAGUACCGAAAAUAUGUCGAGAAGGAUGCUGCUUUCGAGCGACGAUUCCAGCAAGUUAUGGUCAAGGAGCCUACCAUUCCCGAAACGAUAUCAAUCUUGCGAGGCCUGAAGGAAAGAUACGACAGACACCACCGUGUUACAAUCCUCGACAGCGCUCUUGUUGCUGCCGCCAACCUUGCAGCUCGAUACCUCACUUCCAGAAGAAUGCCUGACUCCGCCAUCGAUCUCGUCGAUGAAGCUGCCGCCGCGGUCCGCGUCGCUCGCGAGUCCCAGCCAGAAAUUAUUGACUCCCUUGAGCGCAAGCUCAGGCAGCUCAUGAUUGAGAUUGCGGCAUUGGAGAAGGAAAAGGACGAAGCAUCUCAGAUUCGUCUUCAGCAGGCCAAGAAGGAUGCCAAGAACGUUGAGGAGGAGUUGGAGCCUCUACGAGAAAAGUACCAAAACGAAAUCAAGCGAGGCGAGGAGAUCCACCAGGCUAAGCUCAAGCUCGAUGAAUUGGAGAAGCGGUUGGAGGAUGCCAUGAACAUAGGAGAUAAUGCAAAGGCUGCCGAUAUCAAGUACGGUGCUAUUCCUGAGCAACAAACGACCAUUAAAGAGCUCGAAGCUCGCAAGGCUGCCGCAGAUGCUGCUCUAAAUGCUGCCGGCGGCGAAGCUGCAACGGCCAUGGUCACAGACAUUGUCACCGCCGAUCACAUCAACGAGAUCGUAGCUCGUUGGACCGGUAUCCCUGUCACUCGACUUCGCACUUCCGAGAAGGAGAAGCUGAUCAACAUGGAGAAGGUCCUUGGAAAAGUCGUCGUUGGCCAAAAGGAGGCAGUCAAUUCUGUUGCCAACGCCAUUCGUUUGCAACGAUCUGGACUUGCCAAUCCAAACCAACCUCCCAGCUUCCUCUUCUGCGGUCCCUCUGGUACCGGUAAGACAUUGCUCACCAAGGCUCUUGCCGAGUUCCUUUUCGAUGAUCCCAAGUCUAUGAUUCGGUUCGACAUGUCAGAGUACCAAGAGCGACACGCACUUAGCCGCAUGAUUGGCGCCCCCCCUGGAUAUGUCGGCCAUGAUGCUGGUGGUCAGCUUACAGAGGCUUUGCGCCGAAAGCCAUUCUCGAUUCUUCUCUUCGACGAGGUCGAGAAGGCUGCCAAGGAGAUCUUGACUGUACUGCUCCAACUCAUGGAUGACGGCAGAAUUACGGAUGGCCAAGGCAGAGUUGUUGACGCCAAGAACUGCAUAGUGGUCAUGACCUCUAACUUGGGUGCUGAGUAUCUCACUCGGCCCGGCACGAAAGAAGGCAGGAUUGACGGUUCAACCCGCGAACUGGUCAUGAGUGCUUUGCGCAACUACUUCCUUCCUGAGUUCCUGAACAGAAUCAACUCAGUUGUCAUCUUCAACAGACUUACACGCAAGGAGAUCCGCAAGAUUGUGGAUCUUCGCAUCACCGAAAUCCAGAAACGUCUCGAGGAUAACGGACGCAAGGUCAAGAUUGACGUGUCUGACGAAGCUAAGGACCACCUGGGUAACGCCGGCUACUCGCCUGCAUAUGGUGCUCGACCUCUUGCCCGCCUGAUUGAGAAGGAAGUCCUGAACAAGCUGGCUAUUCUCAUUCUCCGAAACAACAUUCGCGACGGUGAAAUUGCUAGAGUGGAGCUUAUUGACGACAAGAUCACGGUUUUGUCGAACCAUCCUGACAGCGAGAUGAGCGAUGAUGAUGAUAUGAUGGAGGAUGAGGAAGACGCUGUCGACGAGGUGAUUGGAGACGACAUGGAUGAAGACAUCUAUGAUUAA